UAAAGAAGCAGCGGAUAUACAGCGGUUUUUUACAAAAAAAUCCCAGGUAGUCAGAACAUCAAGAUCACAGGGCUUUUCCAUUUAUGGUAAAAUCCAAGAGUCUAGGCUUACUGAAACUAUCCCUUUGAUAUGCACCUUACCAUCGAGUGCCAGCAACCUAUUUUUCUGCUAUCCUGAAUCCCCUCAGGGUGUACCACCCACUGGUGGUGGCUUCAGAGGCUGAUGCCUUGAUGCCACAAUUUCCUUUGUUUACUGAAAUGGGCAGAUGACAUUCUUUGCUCCCUUAGCUCCACAAGGAAAGAUGGAGAGCCCCUGUAGAUGCAGAAUACCCAGAAAAGUGAGCCAGACAAUGGCUGGUUUUUCACGGAAAACGCCUAGGUCCCUGUGUUUCACCAUUUUUGUGAAAUUGUGUUUCCUUGUGUGUCAUUGUGUUUCAUAAUUUUUCCGUAUAAACGUCACUCUAUCAUUACCCAGGAGCUAAGCAGUUCUUCCACUUUAUUUUGCUUCUAUUUUUCUCAAUCCUUCUUAGCUGCCCUUGGCAGGGAAUGGUAUUUCUUUGCUUCUACCAUGGAGGCGUCAGUGUGAGUUAAAACAGAAACCUAACCUUACUCCUCCAGGAAGUCCCGAAUUUCUUCAGUCGAAAAGGCCCCGGAGCGGGAAUUAGCCCCGCCCCGCCCCUUCCUCACAGGCCCCGCCCCUGACCAGCCCAAUAAUCAAACUGCGCGCAAAGGUCACGUGAGCAGCUGUUGUCCCGUGACACUUCGGAAGCGGUACGUGGCAGACGUCACUCAGAAAAGUCCUUCGUGCAGGCUUUCCGCCACCCACCUCAUCUCGCCUCUCCUUUUUGCCAUCAAACGCUUCUCUUGGGAAUGGUGAACUACCGACCUCGCCCCCAACCAGAACUCCUCUAGACCGACGAGCUAGCUCAUGCCCUCACGUGAGAGGCGGGGAUUUAUUAGUGCUAAGACGAGUUGCGAUUCUGAUUGGGCGUGAGUCUUGUCAAUCUCCAGGCUUUUCCAAUCAAGGGCCGCGUCCGCCCAGCUUUUCGCUCUUCUAUUGGCCUGAGUGCGGGAAAGGUGGAGAAAAAGGCUAAAAGGAACUCGCGCGAGAGUGGCGCUCGGUACUCAGUGCGCAGGUGCGAAGCCUCUUGGCUGGGGCCCUGGCCGGGGGCUGGCUUGAAGACGCGUCGUUUGGUUUUGGACGCUUUGAGAGAGCCGUCUGGUAUCAACCGCUGGGCGGAAGGCGUUUGUCAGGGGCCCGGCCACGAACGAGGCCCACGAGUUUCCCGAUGGUGUCCAUGACUUUCAAGCGGAGCCGCAGCGACCGGUUCUACAGCACCCGGUGCUGCGGCUGUUGCCAUGUCCGCACCGGGACGAUCAUCCUGGGGACCUGGUACAUGGUGGUCAACCUGUUGAUGGCAAUUUUGCUGACUGUUGAGGUGACACAUCCAAACUCAGUGCCAGCUGUCAACAUUCAGUAUGAAGUCAUUGGCAAUUACUAUUCAUCUGAGAGAAUGGCAGAUAAUGCCUGUGUUCUUUUUGCGGUCUCUGUUCUUAUGUUUAUAAUCAGUUCAAUGCUGGUUUAUGGAGCAAUUUCUUAUCAAGUGGGUUGGUUGAUUCCAUUCUUCUGUUACCGGCUUUUUGACUUCGUUCUCAGCUGCCUGGUUGCUAUCAGUUCUCUAACUUACUUGCCAAGAAUCAAAGAAUAUCUGGAUCAAUUACCUGAUUUCCCCUAUAAAGACGACCUCCUGGCAUUGGACUCCAGCUGCCUCCUGUUCAUUGUUCUUGUGUUCUUUGCCUUGUUCAUCAUUUUUAAGGCUUAUCUAAUCAACUGUGUUUGGAACUGUUACAAAUACAUCAACAACAGAAACAUGCCAGAGAUUGCUGUGUAUCCUGCCUUUGAAGCACCUCCACAGUAUGUUUUGCCAACCUAUGAAAUGGCAGUGAAGAUGCCUGAGAAAGAACCCCCGCCUCCUUACAUACCUGCCUGAAGAAAUGCUGCCUUUGUCAAUAAACCCUAUACCAGCUUUUCGUCUUGUUUAUUUUACAGAAUGCUGCAAUACAGGGCUCUUCAAACUUGUUUGAUAUAAAGUACAUUUUACUUUAAGCAUUUAUUUUCAAACACUAACAAGCUUGUUGGAUAUCUAUGAAAAGACUUUUGUUGUUUUGUUCAGUAUAUUACAUUUUAAUAGUUUUUGAAGACAAUCUAGGUUAAGAGCAAAAUGCCAUUGUUUGCCUUUGAUUGGGGGGUGGGAAGGGGGCAUUCUCCACACAUAAUCUUUUUUAACUUUGCACUUUCUUCAUAUCACAGUUUGUAUUUUGGUUAUUUGCUGCCCUGGAUACUUUCAGGAAGAAUGAAGUAAAUACUCGGGGUGGGCAAGUUUAGUAUAAGAUCUGAAGUUUUCAGCUGUGAAAAAAACAAAAAAUAUACUACAUUUUAUCUUGACUGUGGGUGAUGAUGGUUGCAUGUUUCUAAUUUGUACGUGUUUCCAUCUUUGUGAUAAGAUGCUUUAAUAAAUCUCUUAAAUAUU